AUGAGUGCCGUCGUAACAGUGGAAGGUGGGCAAGGCCGAGCGGGUACCAUGCUACGAGUCCUGGGGGCUGCCCAGAAACGCGAAGUGAAAGCAACCCAAAACCUGGCCAUCAUCGUCUUUUUCUUCAUCAUUUGCUGGAUACCUCUAUACACCAUAAACGCCAUCAAAGCAUUCAUGCCGGAGCUGGACAUUCCCAAUCCUUUGACGUACUUCUGUAUUAUCUUCUCUCAUCUCAACUCAGCGAUAAAUCCUCUUCUAUACGCGUACCAUUUGAAGGACUUCAGAGCAGCGUUAAAAGGAUUGCUCUGCACAAUCAUCGGGAGAGGUGUUCCUAUACCAGCAGCGUACAGACCGCCGAUUCCUAUCAGACGACCGGCCUUGGAAAGGUGUAAUGCUCUACGAGAGAGACCGCGAGUCUACGUCAACUCACCAGUGUGGCUUCGGCAGAAGGAGGCAGAGCGUGUCGCGUUGGAAGAGAAGAAACGAAUAGCCGGCAACCCGGUGUCAAGCAAUCCGGACCUGGAGCCGUUCAUAACCAAGAGCUGUAACAGUCGCUCCCCUGACGGCUUGGACAACCGGCUGGGACCGUUCCUCAUUGAAUCCCACGAGCGGCCCCUGAGGAAAGUCGAGGAUUUUAUAAGAAGAGUGAGAAGUGCGAGUUCUGAACGCAGUUGA